CGAUCAAACUUCUGACCGACGAAAAGAAGAAGAAGAAGAAGAAGAAGAAGAAGAAGAAGAAGAAGAAAUGUACGUGGUGAAGAGAGAUGGGCGUCAGGAGGCCGUAAGCUUCGACAAAAUCACUGCAAAGCUGCAGAAGCUUAGCUAUGGUCUCAGUCCCGAGCACUGUGACCCUGUGCUUGUUUCCCAGAAAGUCUCUGCCGGUGUCUACAAGGGUGUCACCACCAGCCAGCUUGACGAAUUGGCUGCGGAGACUGCAGCCGCCAUGACUACUAACCACCCGGACUAUGCAUCUCUUGCUGCAAGGAUUGCGGUUUCUAAUCUUCAUAAAAGCACCAAGAAUUCAUUUUCCGAGACUGUCAAAGACAUGUACUACCACGUCGAUGAUAAAUCUGGACGAAAGGCGCCCCUGAUUGCUGAUGAUGUAUACGAAAUAAUCAUGCAGAAUGCUUCUCGUCUCGACAGUGAGAUCAUAUAUGACAGAGACUUUGAUUAUGAUUACUUCGGUUUCAAAACUCUGGAGAGGUCAUACCUCUUAAAAGUUCAAGGAAAAGUUGUUGAAAGGCCACAACACAUGUUGAUGAGGGUUUCUGUUGGCAUCCACAAGGAUGAUAUUGAAUCUGCCAUCAAGACAUACCAUUUGAUGUCUCAAAGAUGGUUCACACAUGCAUCUCCAACUCUUUUUAAUGCUGGAACUCCAAGGCCUCAGCUCUUCUCAGUUCAACUGACUGGAACGCACGUCAAACUCCAAGCAGAACAUCAUUCUGCCUGCCAGCCAUCUGUGUUCUCCGAUCUGUUUGGCUGAUUGAUUAUUCAGAAUUUUCCCACAAUAUAUUCUCUCUCUUGCUCUCUGAAUUCACGCACAAUCCAGGCAGUUCUCCCU